UCAACAGCUCUGCGAAUACACUAGAAACCAACACAGCCAACACUACCGCUACUGCAGCUACACCAGCUACGAAAACAUCAAUAACAACUAGAAGUGGUACAGUAUCUGAAUUAAACGAAUUCAGAGUAAAAUCAAAACGAUAUUCAUCUAAGAAAAAUUGUUGCGAGUGUAAUAAGAAAAGCUGCGAAGAAAUGCCACAAACUUUAACAAAUGGACACGCGAAUGGCUGCAACGACAGCACUAACUCCUUUGACAUGGAGGAUGGUCAAACAUUUCUAUUUACGUCUGAAUCCGUAGGUGAAGGACACCCGGAUAAAAUGUGCGAUCAAAUUAGUGAUGCUAUCUUGGACGCACACUUAAAGCAGGAUCCUGAUGCUAAAGUUGCAUGUGAAACUGUUGCUAAAACGGGCAUGAUUUUAUUAUGUGGCGAGAUAACAUCAAAGGCUGUCAUCGACUAUCAAAAAGUCGUGCGUGAAACGGUAAAACAUAUUGGCUACGAUGAUUCAUCAAAGGGAUUCGAUUGGAGAACCUUGAAUUUACUUGUCGCCAUUGAACAGCAGUCGCAUGAUAUUGCCCAUGGUGUACAUAUUAAUCGUCACGACGACGAGCUCGGCGCUGGUGAUCAGGGUAUUAUGUUCGGCUAUGCAACCGAUGAAACAGAAGAAUGCAUGCCGUUGACUGUCGUCUUGGCGCACAAACUAAAUGAGAAAAUAGCAGAAUUACGCCGUUCCGGCGACUUACGAUGGGCGCGUCCUGACUCGAAAACACAGGUUACCUGCGAGUAUUUAUUCAAUCAGGGUUCGGCUGUUCCCAAACGUGUACACACCAUUGUUGUUUCUAUGCAACAUUCUGACGACAUCACGCUAGACGAACUGCGUAACGAGGUUAGGGAAAAGGUUGUCAUUCCUGUAAUUCCCGCCAAAUACUUUGAUUCUAACACUAUUGUGCAUAUUAACCCGUGCGGUUUGUUUGUCAUUGGUGGUCCUAUGGGUGAUGCCGGUCUAACUGGACGUAAGAAUCGUUCGGCAGCUUACGCGGCUCGUUGGGUGGCAAAAUCGUUGGUUAAAGCCGGUCUCUGCAAACGUUGCUUAGUUCAAGUGUCAUAUGCUAUCGGUUUAGCUGAACCGCUAUCGAUUACCGUUUUUGAUUAUGGGACCUCGCAUAAGUCUCAAAAGGAAUUGUUGGAUAUUAUUAGAAAGAACUUCGAUUUGAGACCCGGCAAGAUUGUCAAGGAUCUCCAAUUGAAGCGUCCCAUUUACCAGCGCACAAGUACUUAUGGCCAUUUCGGACGUGACUGUUUUUCAUGGGAGCAGGCUAAACCUCUGAAGAUCAAUUGACUAGACGCUGACACGCAACAGCUGCCUCAGCCGCCGUGUGCUAAAAAGUGUAAAACCGCGUAAUUUUUAAUCGUUAGUUUUUAUUAUUAUUUUUUUUUUUUUAAUUUUUAGUUUUUCAUUAAGAUUUGUUUUAUAAAAAUGUUUUAAUUCAAAAUCCUUGUCCCUUCGUUUUUUAAUUUAAAUAUCUAAAUUAAUUAAGUUCAAAAACUCAACCGUCAUAAGAAAUCGCAAACGAAAUUUUACAUAUAUAUAAAAAAAUAACACUGCUUAACAUAGAUGUUUUAAAUUAAAAAUUUACAACAAAUUGAACAUUUUAACAAACAGUUU